ACAACUUCACGGCCUCAUCGCGCGCCUGCCAAGGUCAUUCUGAAUCCACGGAAGGGCGAGGACGGCAAUGUUCUGACCAUCACUAUUACCCCGCGAGCCGCGCAUCGAUUGCAGAAAAUCGCCGCCACCGAUAAGAAUCCUGAUCUUGCGCUUCGCGUGACAGUCGAGAGUGGCGGGUGCCACGGCUUUCAAUAUCUCAUGAGCUUGACAAAUGCGAAAGAUGCGGAUGUGGAGGAAGAUUCAAUUUUCGAGAACGAAGAUGUGGUUGGCAAGAACACAGAGGGCGAGGAGAUUGCAGAGUACAAAGCCAAGGUGAUCAUGGACGAGCCGAGUCUGGAACUGUUGAAGGGAAGCAGUGUGGAUUACACAAUGGAAUUGAUCGGUAGCCAAUUCAAAGUGACGGGCAUUCCUGGUGCGAAGAGCAGCUGCGGUUGCGGGACGAGUUUCGACAUA